AGCCGCAAAGAAAGAGGUCGCGUGCUCAUUAUCCUCCGAGGAGAAAAAUCCAGAAAACCACUGAGCGUUCAAGCUUUUUCUUCGUUUUUCGUGUCAAUACAAUACAUCGAUCUAAGUGUGUAGAUGGGAGGCUUCACCCUGCACACCGAGCCUACUCGGUACCGGACCCAGAUAAAACCUGUGAUGGAGGUGAUGGACCACAACUAACUCAGAGUCCUCGCAGAUCAAGACCGAGGCCGAGGUUGAGCAGAGGAGGUGCUUUUUGGGAACGCGAGCCACUGAGCCAUAUGAAGCAGCGGCAGUGUGGAGGCCAGAUGAAAAAAAACGGGGCAAGAUAAGAUGGUCCAGAUGCGGCGUUUACUAAACCUGAUCCUAUGAAACAUGAAGCCUGCUGUUAGCUAACCCCGACAAAGUCGGACAAGGCAGAGAAAAAGUCAUUUUGUAGCUGCUGUGAUGUUGCAUCGGGAUACACUCACACAAACACACAAACUGAAGAGCCAAUACAAGAACUGUAUCAAAGAUGCAAUGUUUGGGGUGGUAGUAGCUUGGUAGCUUCAAGACCCUCUGGAGGUUCAAACAGAGAGGCGAGUGCAUUGUCAAAGUACCAAAGAACAAAGAACUGACCCCACAAACUGACAAGGUGCCACACCUUCCUGGAUUCUGCAGAAUUUCAGUUUGUUCAAAGUUCAAAUGUGUUUGCUCCACAAGAAAUCUUGGAAGUGGAAUUGUUGUUGUUUUUGCACCAGUGAUACUAAAACAUAAAAUCUAUUCAACCUGAAGAGAACUUUACCUUUGAAGAGUACGUCUUGAGAUCCGCUGAUCAGCUCAGUUGUUUUGCCUCGUCUUGAUGUUUUCGUUUGGGUUGUGGACUACUACAACUACUCAGUGGCGGUUCUAGAUUCGAUGGCGCCCUGUGCAAGACCCGAGGUAAGACUAACCCAACACAGUGACUCCCAAAUCACUUGUUUUUGUUAUCCAACAUGUUUCUAGUGGCAAAAAAUUUGCGACGAGCUUGAGUCGCAGAGAAAAUAGUGCUUAAGGAAGUUCUUUAUUUAUGGCUCAUAGGUUAGCAAAUACUCCAACACAAACAGAGGGUCAUCGACUUGAACCACUACCUCACAGUGCGAUCGACACAAACAGAAGGCAUUCUAGGUGUGCUAGGUGAGCUGAUAACUUUGUUCUUCUGCGAUGUGUGGGUUAAGCAUUUGCUCAGCUGCUGUUAGCAAAUACAACACAUAGCCUGUGUGCAAGUGAAUGCUGAGCAAUAUAAAUAUCAAUAUUUAUUCCCUGUCAUCCUGCGGCACCCUGGGCAAUUGCCCAUGUGGUCCAUGGCUAAAACCGCCACUGCUACUAAUGAAUUGCUUGAUGAAGUGCUUUUGGUUGCAAACAAGGUGGAGGACCGCAUCUAAUUUUAGCUUCAAUGAUAUGACGCUUGUAUAUUAGGCAACCAUCAGUGAAUAAGACGAAUGUCCUCCUUGCUUGGAGAACCGUCCAUUCAAUAAACAGCAACAAAUGAGAUUGGAGGAAACAUGCUCACACGUCCUUGCAGUGUGACAGGAAUGAAGAUUCGUCCAUUAGCCUGGCCUGUCCAUGCCUCGGCAUUGGGGAACGCCAAGAGUCUGAAGAAGAUUGGUUUUGAUUAUUCGCCUAAUACAUCUUGGAUGAGCCCUCUGAAGCUGCGUUUCAUAACCGCAGCCUAAACGUCGUCUGAGAUGCGAACCAUGGACAUUUUGGUUUUAUUUGUGGUCAUUAGUGUCAGCGUGGUCUUGUGGCUAAAGCUAACAGUGCUGUCAUAUUAGAGGAAAGAGCCGAGCCAAGCAUUAUCUUCAUUACAUCCCGCAAUAUCACCGUUUCUCUUAACGUUGCCCUCAUUUCCUCUCUCUCGCCAUCGCAUCUCCGCCUCGUUGAGCAGCUCUACUGACCUCUCUCAUAUCGACCAAUCUCCUCUCGACAUCGCACAAGCAGGGCAAUAAAAAGCUUUGAUUGUUAUUCUUGCUGCAGACAGAGAAGAAAGCAAAAACCUGAGGGGGUGUGCCAUUAUUCUAAUGAACACGCUUCCUGAGGCAGCCUCUUCACAGCUUUGUUUGCACGGUAUCAGCAUGUGUGUGGACUAUCUGAAGAUCUUCAAUGAAUCAAUGUCCCAAAGCCAAAACCCCUGUUCAACCCUUCGACUCUCCAUGGGAGAGCGCAAUUCUAGAUUUCUACAGGAACCUUGACCCCCCUUAACUGUGAAGAAAUAAAGACAACAUUGUGAGAAGGCUAAACAACAACCACAAAACCAGAAAAUUUCAUGUUUCUGGUCUGAUUUCUUCAUCUUUUCUUCACCCCCGCAGGCUGCAGAUGAGGACACCAGCAAAAUGCGACCGUGAGGGACCCUGUCCAAAGCCAUGCCAGAUGUAAGGUCUCCACCACCAUGUGACUACCCCUCCACCGCAUCCUGCAUCGCUGCUCCGUCCGCCAGCUCACCGACGGGCUGUGUCCCCUCUCUGGUCAUAGACAUGGAACCCUGCAUCGCCAACCUCCUCCCAUCUCCUGACCCCCUGCCUGCCUUCCCCCGACACAGGCCCGUUGUCCCCCACUAUCACGGUCUUCAAGGGCCUGCGUUCCCACUUGUGGCCAGGUGUAACAGCAGCACACUUCUCAAUAACUUGGGUUUGAGACAUUGCCCUGGAAGGCAGGGACCCCCAAGGAUGGUGCCCGAACAAAGACUGUCUCCAGACUGCUGCCUCCAAGCAGGAAGCAGCAGACCGUACAGGAGCAUGGAGAACCUGACCUCAAACUCUGUAUCCGAUUCAGGUCUGAACUCAUCCAGUGCUGCUGCAUAUAGGAGUGUGGACAGUGAGUUUAUUUUGCGCUGUACCUCUCAGAGUCACUGGUAUGAUGGGCCUCCAGAGGGAUCAAUGGUGUCCAACCCGGAAAGCCUGGCCUACUACCCUCGACAUGGAAUUCAAAGGAAGGAUCUACCCCUCUUCCCCCAGUUGCUUUUACCUAGAGGUGUCGAUGAACUGGAUGCAAGGAAAGGCCUGAGGGAAAAGCUGCGCCUCCAGAGUGCAAGAUCCGGGAUAGAAUCUCUAAAGUCCCUACCAUUACGGCCUCAAGUGACCACAGAUGCUGGGGAGGGCGUGACUCAUCAGAAUUCAACACGGCCAGUGUGCGGAAUACGCAUAACCUGCCCAGAAGACAUCAAGCAGGAAGUCCUAAGGCGGCUUCAAUUGCGCCGGCAGAACAGCAGCCCAAACCUGGCGCUCCAUAGCACCCCGCACAGCCCCAAAGUGCUUCAAGCAUCCUACACGACAGACAACCUUUCAGGCAACACGAACGGCCCUCAUUCUGUAUCAGAAUUCCAAAAAGGGCCUGUUGGCCGUCUUUACAUCCCGACCUUUGAGGAAUUCAAGAGGAUGAGGCAGAAAGGGAGGGAGCAGAACCAGGAGUCUACAGCAGGUUCUAUGGUACAAGACAGUCUACCUCCUUCUGAGGACGCAGAUCCUCUACAGAGAGGGGACUCAGAGGCAGACAAGAGCACAGGCAUAAGCAGAGUCACAUGUAAUGGCACCGCCACAAGCUCUCCAAUCCGCACAGGCCCGUCUCCUCGUUCACCCCUAAAGCCUGAGGAUAGUACAACCCAGCGAAGAUCUCUGCUGGCAGGUCCAUAUGAGGAUGGUAACGGACGGCGCAGGAGGUGCAGUCUGGAACCAGUGGGGUCAGUUCCUUUCCCUCCCAGCAGGGGGAAUGGGGAACGACCAUCCAGCUGCUGCCCGGCGCUACUUCUCGAGGGCACGGACCUAUCCAGCUACGGAGCUAAGAUCUACAAGAUGAAGGACGGCCUCAUAGGCUCAGCGCUGGACCUCAUCAAGAAGAGCUGCAGUGCAGAGAUCUCCUCCGAGGCCCCCGUCAGGCUGUCAGCUGACCGGGUCGGAGACAUCGCCGCCCCCAGCGCUGGUCGUCAGCCCUCCGCCGUUUCCAUGGCAACCACGGCCUGCGAAGGAGCUGGGGUUGGCGACGAGGUGCCUGCAGCAGCGGGAGCCGCAGGAGGAGAAGAGGAGGAAGCAGGAGAAUGCAACGCUGCGCUAGGCUGCAGGCGCUCCAGCUCGGACGCUGCCUAUGAGCUGUCGCAGACGCUGAGGGCACAGCGAGAGUGUCGCCUCCGGCCGCACUACAGCGACCCAAUGCCAGCCGACGCCUCCAAGCGCAAACAACUGGAGAUGAAGAUCGCUGCCGCCGCCCAUGCCCACACUCAUCGGCGGGAACGAGACAGUGCUCCAGCAGCCCUUCGUGGCCACUCAGAGCCGCCAGGUGAGGAGCGGCAGGUAGGUCUGAGUGUAACCCGGACCAGGCAACAUCGUUGGAGUACCAUCAGCAGCCUGAGCGCAGACAGCGGCGUUGUGGGCCUCAGCGAUGAGCGCGAGGACGAAGACAGUGAGCCCCGGCGUCCGCGCCGCAGUCGCGGGGCUGAGGUGGAGCGGGUGGACAGCGGCAUUGGCCCAGGCUUGUCUCGCACCUGGAAAAGACCCUCUACCUCGCUCCGGAACUGGGACGUGCACAGACCAUGUCUAGACUGCAGCCGGAGGGACGAGGCCUCCAGGGAGCGUGGAGCGAGCAUGUGUGAGCGAUGCUGCAAGCUGCGUACUGAGCGCAAGGAGGCCCUUUUGGAGUUUCUGAACACAGAGGCAAGCUACGGCGAGGACCUGCGCAUCAUCAAGGAGGAGUUCUACUGCCCCAUGCAGAGUGCCGGGCUGCUGACAGCUGAUCAGCUAAAUGUGGUCUUUGCUAACGUCCAGGAGCUGAUAGACGUCAACGACCGCUUCACAGAGCACCUUCAAGACAGCAUCGACCAGGCCAUCGACCAGGGAGACGAGGAUCUGCUGACGGUGUCCAUCGGCGAGAUCUUUCUGGAGUUUGUCAACAUGCUGCCAGCCUUCCAGACCUACUGUCUGCAGCAGUCCACCUCAGUCAACAUGCUCAACGCGCUGGAGAAGGAGAAAGAGCUGCUCAGGAUCUUCCUGGAUGUUUCCCAGAACGACAACACGGCACUGCGUCGAAUGAACCUGCGCUCCUUCCUCAUGGCGCCCCUCCAACGUGUCACAAAAUACCCGCUUCUACUGAGCCGAAUCAUCAAGGUCACUCCUGAAAACCACUCGGAAUAUGCACGUCUACGUGAGGCCAAGAGUCGCGUGGAAUCCCACCUGGAGCACAUCAACAUGAAGACCAAGCAGGAAGGCAACGGGGUCUCGUGGUCGCUCCGCUCUUUCCGCCGUGACAGCCGGAAGAAUCGGGAAGUAAUCAAUAUUGAGAUGCGAGAAGUGUCGAUGAAGACGGUAGGGUGGGCAAGGGAAAACACCCGCUUUGUCAUGGAGGGGCCGAUCCAGCUAUCCCAACCAGCAGAUGGCCAGUGGGUGAAAAAGGGCGCCAAGGCUCUCAAGUUCCAGAAUGUCCAGAGUCUCCUGAUGGUGAGGACCCAACGGGCUGUAGAAGGCCAGGGACAGAGCGCCGAGCUGGGCGAAGGUGGUGGAGAAAGCAUCCAAGACGGUGUGCUGGUUCUUAUCAAGGACAAGAGCAGUGGGAAAUUCGCUGUGAUGAGGGAGCCCAUCCACCUGGGGAACUGCGUGGUGUCCAUGGACCCAGAAUGCGAUGACACCUUUGAGGUGCUCGACAUUCGACGAGAGUCCUUUGUUUUCCGCGCCGUAGAUAAGUCUCGCACUCAGCACUGGUUCCAUCAGAUAAAGACAUAUGCUCGAGACUUGGGAACGUGGAGGAAAAGACGCAACGCUUUGCCCAACAUCAUGAUCAACACCAACCAGAGUCGCUCCUGAGACCAACCAUCUGACUGCCUUCCUUCCCUUUGCGAUAAAGAACCCCAAACUGCAAAGCUGCACUUUGGAGCCAUGCUGCUGCCUCUGUCCAGUGAAAAAGAGGACAAUAGCACAUUUUUUUUUUUUUUUUUUUUUUAAACAAAGCUGUAGCUGAUCCACGCAGUCAUGAAAUCACAUGUGGAGACCUACUUUUAAAAAAUGAUCAGAUACUUGGACAACCAAAAAAAAUGGGGCUGUGUGUCGGCCAUGAUUGUAAAGACUGUUUUGUCCUUCAUGAAGAAGAGUUGUAUUUUCAGUACUAGUGUGUCUGCUGGGAAGCAUGACUGAACAUUUUUAUACCAGACUGUGAUGGAGAUAACUGGAGUUUACAGACAUGCUAGCGGUUUGUGUGUUUCCUGUUUGUGGUGACCCCCCCUUCCUGUGUACUUGCCGCCACCUAGUGCACUCUGGCGGCAGAGCAACAUUCACUGCCACAGAUUUGAUAGUAUCUGGGAGAGACUUGGAUGGAAACACUGUUGAAGCAAGAUCUCACCUUACAGCAAUAAUCUGUCAGUUCCAGUACGCGUAGCCGCUUUAUUCCCCAAGACUCACUUUGCUGUCAUUUUCCUGCUUAUUGUUGGUGGACUCCUAAAAUCAGUCUGUGUUCUCUUAUGUGCAAUCCAAGUCAAGUCAUGUCAUGUUUCAUUUUGUUGUUCAGCAGAGUUUUUCAACCUUAGUCUGUAUGAAAUGUCUUUUUUUUUUUUUAAGAGCGGCUCGCUGGUAUCAUCUGCUGUCUGUCUAAUGGACCGCCAUCAUCAAAUUAGAUGAUGUUGAUCGUGACAGUGCGUGUUCCUUAUUUAUCUGUUUGUGACAUAACAUUAUAUGAUCUGCACAUUGUUAGAUUUAAUUAUUACCCCCAUAUUCGAUGUACGCUCUUAUGCAUCUUGUACAAGUACCAUCAGGUCAAAAGGCAUUAGGGAGGCUGCACAAAAAGUCACAUCACUGAGCAGCCUCAAUAAUCUCUCCAACAAUACUUUCUGUAUCCCAGAACUGUAGCUAGUCUCGAGUGUGAAGCCUUCCGACCCACUUUGAAUGAACACUACCUUGUUUUCCCCUUUGAUAAUCGGUUCAUUGGGUCACAUCCUAAUCAGAAUCAGGUCCAGAUCACAUCAACCGGUCCACGGUCUUGAUAUGGUUCCAGCCUCCAGUCAAAGUAACCAACUGUCAAAUAAGAAAAUCUGGAUUGAGCCCAAAGCCAGGCAUACAGUGUGAAAAUUGAGACCGUUUCAAAUUGAUUCCUCGUCAGCCUACUCACUUUUGAUUGUCCAGAACUCAGCCACACUUUCUCAUAGACCGUAUCUAUCUAUCUCCCAUCUGUUUCGAAUAAGCACUAGCUUGUGUUCCUUGGUUUGGUCCAUUUGGUUAUUGGUGAACACAGUAAUCCAACUCGGGUGCAGACCAAAUCAACCAGUACAUGGUUUUGGUAUGGUUCCAUCCUCUGAAUAAAUUAUGCAACUGUCAAAUCAGCAAAUCUGGAUUGAGCCCAAACUGUGUGAAUUGAAACAGUUUCAAACCGAUUCGGAGUCCGCCUACUUUUGACUGGAUUUCAUUUGGACAAUUGAUUUCAAGUCUCGUUUGUCAUCCAGUGUCGAGGAGCGUUUGGCAGCUUUCCACAGGUCAGGUGACAAUCAGAUCAAUUUCUGGCUUGAGACUCUACGUAAACCCUCGAUAUGUUUUUCCAAUCAAAAGAGGGAAGUAAUAAAUAAAAGCAUUAUGUUCUGCCAUCAGCGCUGCUGUUAGGAUUACAUUGUAUCUUCAGGACCCAAAGACGGUGUUCAGUGUGUUUGCAACGCUACCACAAAAGCCUUACGUUUGUUCCAGCUCAUUAGCUAAUCGUUUAUUUUGUGCCUAAGUGUUCAAGAGUUUGUGGUCAGGUUGAGAAACUCUGCUCAAAAGAACGCCUUGACUGUGUCUAACGUAUGAGCUGAUGUGCCUUGGCUCGUUCAAACUUCAACAUUUGCAAAGCCUCACUGAAGCAUUUUGACAAACUGCCCCCUUUUGGUCCACUUUCAGUCUUCAGGCGAUAUUCACUAUUUCAAGUCAUGAAAGCUUUAUUUUGUUUAUAGCACUUUAUUGAAUGCUCCAGAUAGAAGCGUUUACAUGAUUGCAUUCUGCACAACACUCGUUCCAUCAGUACAUCUGAUGUCGUUUGUGUUUUUGAAGGGUGACUGACCAAGGUAGCGAAUCACUGUGUCCACACCAACACUGCUGUGCUCCCCCCCCCCAUUCUCAUUUCAAAUCAGACCUGCUGUAUUGUUUCCUGAUGUAAUAUAUUGUGAGUCAUAUUAAAAACAUUUUCAAA